AUGACGCGAUUCGACAUCCCCUAUUGUAGCGUAUGCUACGACUAUCUCACCAGCGGCUUGUGUGUCUUGACGAAAUGUGGACACGUGUACCAUCGCAAAUGGUCUCACAUUGCGUUUAAGAACAUCGUCGAGCUGAAGUUCGAGUGUGUCGAACGUGCUGACGAGAAUGAAGACAAGGCAAUUGAAGAUGUAAACGGCGUACACACCGAAAAUGCGGCGGAAAAUACGGGCAAUCAGGUAUCAUUAUCUCAGUACGAGGCGACAAAACAGGAGCUAGAAGAUUUAAAGCGACGAUUGUCGAAGGCGGCGGCAGACAUGCUCGAGCUGCAAGAGCGAUGCGCAUCAGCGGAGGUGAGUCAUCGCAUUCUAAGGAUCUCUGGAGAUCAAAAUAAAUCGCCACGUCGCAUUGGUGGGUCCCGCGCAGUUCGUUGUUACACAUGGGUUGUGACUCCUCGAACAUUAGACACCUGCCUCCGCACAACCGUUACCAAUGACCCCCUAAUAACGUUCCCAUCGACGACCGCUGACCUCGUGCAGAAUGAAAACACGUCUAUUAGAGAAGCUGUGUUGCGUAUGCAAGAGGAUAAUGCGGCCCUAAUUGGCGAAAACAAGAACCUCAGAGUCAUCGCAGCUGCGCACAAGACAAGCAUUGCAAAGCUCAACGAACUGCUGGCCAAAAACAAGGCGAAACUCAAGAAACUCGAAGAGGUACACAAUUACCUGAAAGCGGAUGAAAUCGGAAUCCAAGCGUUCGAAUCGUGCCUCAAGACACUCAGCUCCUCCGAAAAACUCGCCCUGCUCACCAACAGGAUAAUGGAACUCGAGGGAAUCAACAAAACGCUCACAGAUAUGAAGGACGUGUGGAAAAAGAAGUGUGACGAAAUCAGUGGUGACUAUCUCGUGCUUGAAAGGGAGUACAAGGCGCUGCUGAUGCGGAGCUCAUCCGAGCAUCAGGAGCCUACCUGGGACCCUUUUAGCGAAGUUGAGAGUUCCAUAGCCAGUGUGAGGGCGCUAGAAGCAGAACAUGAGUACAACAGGAGGAUACCAAGAUCGAUCAAUGUUGCCCGCAUCGGAAGCAGCCGGAGCAGAGAGGUAAACACGGGAAGUCCUCAGAGGAGGGUGCGCGUUGAAGUGUUCGAAAGCCCUUCUGAGAGGGCGCCCACAAGAUCUGGGAGAACAAGGACACAGAAAAUCUCGGAUUAUUUCAGGGGAGGUUAG